AUGGAACAAGGAAUAAAAAGAAGAAAGAUUGAAAAUACUAAUUUAGGCAUGGAUGACAUAACAUGGAUGGAGAGCAAUUUACGUGAAUCUCCAGGUAGCAGCAUAACUGUUGAAGCAUUGUACUUCACGUAUAGCGAGGAAGCUGCUGCAACAGGAAGGACUCGUACUUCCCAGAAGCAAUUUGGCUAUCUGCUAGGGAAAUACUUCAAAGUAUCUUCAAAGAAAGUAUACAAUAAAGUUACAAAGACGCUAGUUUAUACCCACUGUGGCAUAGAACUAAAACCAUCCAAUAAAACGAAGAAGUGUAUUGACAAUACAGAUAUAUGCAGACUGGUCACAGAUGUUAUAAGUGCAAGACCUAAAUGGGAAUAUCUUAUCAAUGCAGAAGGACAGCACAAAAUAAAGUUUGAAACUAAUGUUACCAUGAAUGACAAAGUCAUCGACUUUAUUUGCCACCUGAAUGAAAAUUCAUGGACAUUAUUUAUGGACCAAUAUGAAAUUGAUCUUAACAAUCUUAGAAUAUCAUCAUCAUUUACAUGGACUAAAGAAAAUCUAAUCACAAUCAUGAACAUUACAGAAAAAAUAAAAGUCUGCAGAGGAAAACCAAGAGGAAAAUUUCUGCAUAACUUGAAUAAAUUAACAAUCUCAAAAUUGAAAGUGGGUGAAGAAAAAUGUGUAAAUGUUGUACACUGUGGCAUAUGCUUGCGUGUGAAUAGGUUCGUCAAUGUUUCUGAACAUUGUGUAAAAUGUCGUCAAAUGAAACUGUACCAACCAGAAGUACCACUGACGAUAGAUGAUCAUAUUGCGAGAGAUCCAAAUGGCGUUAUCGAUAAAUUGCUCCCUCGUGCCUCUCAAGAAUUAAAAGUCCUAAUAAAGAACCAAUGCAAAAAUAACUAGGCCUAAUAGAAAAAAAUAACUGUGUGUGAUGAUGCCCAAAGAACUCCACUGAGGGCUGGAAAGGACUUGAUAUAACUUCUUGUGAAAAUUCUUUUGAUAUCAUUAAGAGGAUAUAAAUACCACUUACUAUAUGGAAUGUUCUGAUCUCAACUUACAUUGAGAUCUCUCUAGCUAUAAUGCCUGUGCCACUUCUUCGAUAAAAUGAUUGUAAAAUGUAUACUAAAAGGAAAUUAAAAUAAAUGUUUGUUUUAUCAGUUUAUAUUUCUUCAAUGUUUCUGCUAGCAUGCCUACUUGGAGUUACGUUAUUUUGUCUUGUUUUUGUUUGAAUUUUAAACAUGGACACUAAAUGACAUGAAAAUUUAUAUUUCCUUACAACAGUUACCUCAACUGUGUCAUAGCCAGGAAAUAUUAAGGUGGUUGCUAAUUUUUGGGUUUGCAUCACUGUGAGCGAAGCAAGCCCAAAAAAGUGGCCUGGGGUUCACCACCUGGAUUUUUU